UUAUUUUCCACUGGACUAGGUGUAUACAGUUUUUUCAGUUUUAAUUUUUUCUCUAAUAACUGCAAUAAAAUAGUCUUGAAUUUCAGAAACGAAUUAAACUUUUUAAUCCAUAUCCGUCUUUAUGUUUAAAUGAUUUUUAUUCAUUUGAUUUUUAUUAAAAUUUAAUGCCAUUCCUCUCUUCUCUCUAGUAGAUUAUGUCAAUUUGUUGAUUGUUUGUUUGGUUUCGGUUUGUUAAAUUUUUUGCUGCAAGCAUAAAAUAAUCAUGUUGAACGACAGUUUUGUAAUUUUGUGCAUUUCAAUUUUUACUGCUUUAUUGGGUGAAGGCUUAACAUGGCUUAUGGUGUAUAGGACAGAAAAGUAUCAAAAGCUUAAAGCAGAAGUAGAAAGACAAAGUAAACGAUUGGAGAAAAAGAAAGAAGUUCAUGGAGACACAGUCGAUCGGCAACAAAAGAAAAAAAUUGAACGAGAAGAAGAAAAAUUGAAAAAUAACAAUAGAGAUCUAUCUCUUGUCAAAAUGAAAUCUAUGUUUGCUAUAGGAUUUGCAUUUACUGCUCUACUCAGUAUGUUUAACUCAAUAUUUGAUGGACGUGUAGUGGCCAAACUACCUUUCAUCCCUAUUGGAUGGAUUCAAGGAUUAUCUCAUAGAAAUCUAAUUGGCGAUGAUUUUAGCGAUUGUUCAUUCAUUUUUUUAUACAUCCUAUGCACCAUGUCCAUUAGACAAAAUAUUCAGAAGAUGCUUGGAUUCGCUCCUUCUAGGACUGCUAACAAACAAAGUGGAAAUAUUUUUGCACCUUCAGCCCAACCAAUAAAAUAGUUUCAAUAAAUAUAUUUUACUUAUUAA